UUGUGAGGGGCUGAGGUCCAUGUCCAAGACAGCACACACAUCUGAUCAGGGACCUAUAAAAGCUGCCUGGCCCUAUGCUUCGGCCUCCCUCACUCAAAGAGCAGCAUCCCCAACCCAGCCCUUCACCAUGAAGUUUGUCGCUCUUGCACUGACUCUCUUGUUGGCAGUAGGCUCCCAGGCCUUGCAGAAUGACGCCCCCUCCCAAAUGGAACACAUCAAGGCUGCCACCAUAGAGUACCUCACUCAGUUGAAGGAGACCGCCCAGAAGACCCUGGACCACCUCGAUGGAACUGAAUACGCUGAGUACAAGAUGAAGCUGUCCGAGAGCUUCGACAAGCUGCACGAGUAUGCCCAGACCGCUUCCCAGACUCUGACCCCCUACGGUGAUGCCUUCAGCGCCCAGUUCCUGGAGGCCACCAAGCAGGUGCGUGAGAAGUUGAUGGCUGAUGUUGAGGACCUCCGCACCCAGCUGGAGCCCAAGCGUGAGGAGCUGCAGCAGGUCCUCCAAAAGCAUGUUGAGGUGUACCGCGAGAAGCUGGAGCCCGUCUUCAAGGAGUACGUCUUCAAGAACCGUGAGGAGAUGGACACCCUGAGGACCAAGCUGCAGCAACUGGUCGAUGAGAUGCGCGCCAAGUUUGAGGUCAACGUUGAGGAGACCAAGUCCAAGCUGCUCCUCAUGGUUGAGGUAGUCCGCACCAAGCUGACCAAUAAUCUGGAGGAGCUGAGGAAUCUGGCCACCCCCUAUGCUGAGGAGUACAAGGAUCAGCUUGUGAAGUCCGUCGGUGAGGUGAGGGAGAAGGUGUCCCCACACACUGCUGACCUCCAGAGCAAGCUGGAGCCCUACUUCGAGGACCUGAAGAGCAGGUUCAUGGCCUUCUACGAUACUGUCUCCACAGCCAUGAAGGCAUAAAAACCUCUGAUCCUGGUCAGAUAGGAUUCCCCCUCCCCUCAACUGUGUAACACACACAGCCUCCUCACAACAGCACAUUACAACAACAACUGCCGAGACUCGCACACACUAUCUGGAGAAUGUCUCCACGUAGUGGCCACCUUCACUGUGUGAUUCCAUCCACAUGAACAUGGCCUGUCUCAGUGUCAUGCUUGCAGUUGCUUGGUGAAAGAAAUGUGGUGUACCUGAUAAAAUCUUGCUCUUGGAUCUCUACUCCAGAGAUGACAUCUUGUCAAUUAAAUACAAAAGGUCUCCAAAAUA